AUGUUGGGCCAAUGCAGUGGGCCUGUUUGGCAAAUCGAUGAUUUCACAAACUGCAUUCAGAGAGAUUAUCUCAAAGUACUUUUCCCAUUAAUAGUCAUCGGUCUCUCGUUCCUCAAUCUAACGAUAUCUGCAAUUCGCCGGAAAGUCAAGUUAAAACGGAAACACAAGUAUCGACAGCUUGGAAAUGGCUCAAUCGACCAUAUAACGAUAGCCAGCAAUGGGUUCAGCCGGGAUAAUGGGGAGACAAUAGUGAAUGGGAGCGAUCACACCGCUAUCGAGGAGGAUGAUGAGGGCUUGACGAUGAGUGGUGGUGGGCGAUUGGUAUUGACCAAAACGACUACCCAAGGCUCGGUUGCCGCUAUCGAUAGUCCCAGGGGACAAAAUACUAUGACGAUCAUCGAACUCCUCGCGAUCACGGCAGAAAUAGGUAUUCAAAUCGCAGUUUUUGUCCUUGGUGCAUAUGGUUCAAAGGGCGCUGUGGCCGCCACUGUUGGAAUCCUUACAUGGACUUAUAUUUUAAUACUUGCAAGUUUGAGAUUUGCCUUCUCCAAUACGCGGUGGAGGGUCCCGAGGAUUUGGAAUCAUACAGCUGCUUUAUACACUGCCCAAUGGCUCUUCUUGCUAGUCAUUUUCCGUUCCGCGAUCAUUCAUCCACGCUCUAGGAUCAGCCAGGCACUUAUCAUCACAGACUUCGUACUCUGUUCGCUUCUUUUCGGAAUCGCAAUAACUACACGCAAGGGCAAUAAGGCUGUGGUCUUGGAGUGGGAGGGAGAUAUUGAACCUUCGAGAGAACCAUUAGCCAGCUUGUUCUCCAUUGCUACCUUCGGAUGGGUGGAUGCGAUUGUAUGGCAUGGCUAUGUCAACACUUUUGAAAUUGCAGAUGUCUGGAACCUUAUGCCAAAAGAUAAGGCGGCAUCCGUCUUGGCCGAUUACAGACAGCUCAAAAAAACUACAGCUUUGACAUGGCAUUUGAUGCGCUAUUUCAAAGGGCUUCUUACUGUACAGUGCGCUUAUGCUGUCUUUUCUGGACUUUUCAAUUUUGCGCCUACAUUGUUGUUGAAAGCUAUUCUUGAAUACAUAGAAGAUCCAGAUUCGGCGCCUCGCAAUGUCAUCUGGCUAUACGUCAUUCUUCUUGCUUUCACAGAUAUUCUCCGUUCGCUAGCUGAUCAACAAGCACUCUGGAUUGGCCGCAAGAUCUGUAUCAGAUUAAGAGCAAUUAUCAUUGGUGAAAUCUACGCUAAAGCAUUGAGAAGAAAGGCUGCAUCAGGGAGUGAUUCCGUCCUUGGAGCAAAGAAAGGCCCUAAGAAUGCAGAGAAGCCUAGCUGGUGGCGACGAGUACUGGGAAAGAAGAGGGAUGAGCAAGCUCCCAACGAUGCGCAAGCUCAGCCGGACGCUGCAGCUGAGAUUGGAAAGAAGACAGACGAGCAAGCUAAUGUUGGUACCAUUAUAAAUCUCAUGUCUGUUGAUUCCUUCAAAGUCAGCGAGGUCACUGCGUAUCUUCAUUUCCUUUUUGCUGCUGCUCCAACUCAAUUGAUUGUAGCCAUCUACCUUCUUUAUCGUAUACUUGGAAAAAGUAGUAUUCCAGGUCUCAUUGUCAUGGCCAUUCUCCUUCCUGUGAAUAUUGGAUUUGCUCGUGGCUUUGGAGCUGCGCAAAAGAAAAUCAUGGCUGCUACCGAUAAAAGAAUCCACACAACUAAUGAGGUAUUGGAAAACAUUCGUGUAAUCAAAUACUUCGCCUGGGAAAAGCGCUUCACUGAUAUUGUCAAUGAUAAACGAGCUCAUGAGUUGAAAGCACUACGCUUGAAGUAUAUCAUCUGGGCUUUCGCUGUUGCUGUAUGGAAUACAGUUCCUGUUGUUAUUACUUUCUUUUCAUUUCUCUACUAUACCGUUGGAGAGAAGAAACCACUCUAUCCUUCCAUCGCAUUCACAGCUAUCUCACUUUUCAACAUCCUCCGUGUUCCUCUAGAUCAAUUGGGCGACAUGAUAGCUCAUGUUCAGGAAAGUCAAGUAUCGAUCAAUCGGGUGGAGGAAUUUUUGAAUGAAGACGAGACCGAAAAGUACGAUCAGCUCUCACACGACAACUUGGAUGAAGAUGGCAAUCAAAUGAUCGGUUUUAAGGAUGCUACUUUAUCCUGGGGUAGCAAGGAGGCGUCCACUGACGAUACCUUGGCCUCAUUCCGAAUGAUGGAUUUGAAUGUCAAAUUCGAAAUUGGUCAUUUGAACAUCGUUGCUGGACCUACUGGAUCUGGAAAGACUUCUCUUUUGAUGGCACUUCUCGGUGAGAUGGCACUAAUAAAGGGAAAGGUGUUCCUGCCCGGCGCUUUCAGUCGUGAAGAUGUCCAACCUGAUCCUGAAACUGGUCUUACUGAGAGCGUUGCCUACUGCGCGCAGCAACCUUGGCUUGUAAAUGCCAAUAUUAAGGAAAAUAUUUUGUUUGCUGCUCCGAUGGAUGAAAAAAGAUACAAAGAUGUAAUCGUCGCUUGUGCUUUGGAACGUGAUCUAGAGAUUCUGGAUGAUGGCGAUGAGACACUAGUGGGUGAAAAGGGCAUCAGUCUUUCAGGUGGCCAAAAACAGCGUAUCUCUCUCGCGAGGGCUCUUUAUUCAAACUCCAAACAUGUACUCCUUGAUGAUUGUUUGAGCGCUGUAGAUUCACAUACUGCCAAGUGGAUAUUCGAUAAUUGUAUUCGAGGACCUUUGAUGCUCGAGCGUACAUGCAUCUUAGUCACACACAAUCUAUCUCUUUGUGUUCCUCAUUCUCGAUAUGUUGUCUGCCUCGAAAAUGGUAAAAUCACGGAACAAGGAUCUGCGGAAAAGGUUAUGGCUUCAGGAAAGUUAGGUGAGGAAAUCAGUAAAUCGCUUCCUGCUUCUGCUCCACAUUCACGGAUUCCAUCUCGAGUUCCUUCUAGCGUUGGUGAUGAGAGUAACGAAACUCUUAUUGAAGACCAGCCCGUAGACGAUAACCUAGAUAGUGCAAAUGGAAAACCAAAGGGAAAGAAAUCCAAGGAAAAGAAAGAUGCUAUGGCCGAAACGAAGGCAGUAGGAGGUGUGAAAUGGAGAGUUCUUAUGUUGUAUUUGAGAGCCAUGGGACCUUGGUGGUUUUGGGUACUUGCUGUAAUGGUCUUUGGCGUUCAACAAGUUGGUGCUCUUGCAGCCAACGUAUGGAUUAGACAGUGGGCAAAUCAAUACGAUGCCGGAGAUGUCCGUGCCAAAUACCACUUAUCAGCGAAUUCCUACAUUGGUAAUACCAUCUCAACGGUUCAAGUCGCGAGCUCAAAGUUAUCUCAAAUUCAACCAUAUUUUGAUCCCAACAAGACUUCGAUUGUCGCAAAAUUGGCUCCCGAAGUUGAUGUUGGAUUCUAUCUCGGAAUUUAUGCUAUGAUUGGUAUCGCAUGCAUGUUAAUUGCUCUUUUCAGAGAUUUCUGGCUCUUCUUUGGUUCUCUUACUGCAAGCUGGAGAAUCCAUAAGGAUUUGAUGAAAGCCGUUACUCGAGCAAAAUUCAAGUUCUUUGACUCAACUCCUUUAGGUCAACUUAUGAAUCGAUUUAGUAAGGAUUUGGAAGCUGUGGAUCAAGAAGUAGCACCUAUCGCCAUUGGUGUCAUGUCAUGUGCUUUGGCGAUUGUCGUUACAGUAGCUUUGAUCACUGCUAUCACUCCCGGAUUUUUGAUUGCUGGUGUGUUCAUAAGCGCCAUGUAUUUCUUCGUUGGCAAAUUCUAUCUCCGAUCAUCAAGAGAUUUAAAGAGAAUCGAAUCGAUACAAAGAAGUCCACUGUUUCAGCAAUUUGGAGAGACCCUCAAUGGUAUCACUACUAUCCGAGCUUAUGGUGAUGAGAAACGAUUUGUUCGAGACAAUAUGUUACGAAUCAAUACCCAUAGUCGACCAUUUAUCUAUCUAUGGGCAGCAAAUCGAUGGUUGUCAUUCAGAAUUGAUUUGGUUGGUGACCUCGUUGCAUUCUUUGCAGGAGCAUUCAUUGUUAGUAGUAUUGGAACUAUUGAUGCUGGUUCUGCUGGUCUCUCUUUAAGUUAUGCUAUCAGUUUCACGGAGAAUGUUCUUUGGUUGGUACGACUAUAUUCGAUGAAUGAACAAAACAUGAACUCUGUAGAGCGAAUCAAGGAGUAUCUAGAUGUUGAACAAGAAGCAGCGGCUUACAUUGAAGAAACAGAGCCUGCUAAAAACUGGCCGAGUCAAGGAUCUGUGGAAUUCAUCAACUACACUACAAGAUAUAGGGCAGAUUUGGAUCCUGUAUUAAGAAAUGUCAGUUUUAAAAUACGACCUUUGGAAAAGGUUGGUAUUGUUGGUCGUACCGGUGCAGGAAAAAGUUCCCUUGCUCUUGCGUUAUUCCGUGGUCUUGAGGCUGAGGAAGGAAAAAUUUUGAUUGAUGAAGUAGACGUUGGUCUCAUUGGCCUUCGUGAUCUUCGCGAGAGAAUUACUAUCGUACCACAAGAUCCUACCCUAUUUACUGGCACCAUUCGAAGCAACCUGGAUCCUUUCAACCUCUUUACGGAUGAAGAUAUCUUCACAGCUUUACGAAGAGUUCACCUUAUCGGGCCAGCAGGCACCGCAUCAACAGCUCCUUCUACACCUGGUAUCUCACGACCACCAUCGAUUGAAUCAUCACCAGGCUCUACAACCACCAAUAAAAACAUCUUCCUAAACCUCAAUUCCACAGUUACCGAAUCCGGGAAUAAUCUUUCCCAAGGUCAACGACAACUUCUAUGUCUCGCUCGAGCUAUGCUCAAACAACCAAAAGUACUCAUGAUGGACGAAGCUACUGCUUCCAUUGACUAUACCACCGACUCUAAAAUUCAAGAAACGAUUCGGGAACUUAAGAGUACCAUCAUCACAAUUGCUCAUCGUUUACAAACAAUUGUGGAUUAUGACAAGGUUUUAGUGUUAGAUAAAGGAGAAGUGGUAGAAUACGCUCAUCCUUAUGAGUUGUUAAGAAAAGAGGGAAAAGAUGCAAUCUUUAGGGGUAUGUGCGAGACGAGUGGAGAUUUUGAUGGAUUGAUGGAAGCAGCUAAAAAGGCUUGGGAGGGAGUGAGAUUGAUUGAUGAUGAGUAG